GUCACGACGAACGUGUCGAAGUCGCGCGUGCAGCAGGACAUGGCUGUGAAGUUCCGUCGCCACAUGGACCAUGCCUUCAGGGGGCUUGCGAGGAAAGUGAUGGGUCUCGCUGGCGUGGGGGCGCUGAGCCAUUUCCUGUCCACCGUCGAGGGCCGCGCAGCAAAGGACGACGCUGAGAAGAGCCACGGGGGCAUAGGCAACGGGGCCAUCGUUAUCGGCCGUCUCAUUGGAAAGCCGGGGGCGGCCAAGCACUGGAUCGACAGGGCCCCCCUCGCGAACGCGUUGCUGGAUGGCGAGAUGAAGAGGGGGCUCUACCAGCUCAAGAUCAUCAAGAACGCGAAGGACUCUGGCCCGCUUCAACGUGACAACGCUAGGCAGCACAUGAAGAUGAUCGAGAUGUGCCGCGAGCUUUGGCCACGCAACCUUCAACGCUUGACGCGCGAGCGGAAAACUAUCAGCAUUGAUGCUCUGAACGCCCGAGAGAUCGAGUGGCCUUCUUUCACGCAGAUCUACCUGCUCAAUUUCGAGGUGCAGGAGCUCUGGGCUGAGAUCAGGAAGACGCCUGGCCGGGGGCAUGCCUUGGAGACGUUGUGCGAUGUGCUCACGGUUGGGGGCGACGUUGGGUCGUGGCCCAAAAAGCCCAACAUGGCGAUUCAGGAGAUUCGGGCGAGCACCCAGACCGACACCCAGCGCGCUAGCUACUUCCUGACAGAGGUGUGGCUCAACAACACUGUGAAUUGGCUGCAAGAGGGCGAAGAAGCGGAGACUGCCGUCUUCUAUGUCGCGGCUGAAUGCCCCGCGUACUUAGCGCUCCCGGAGGAGACAGAGACCUCCGAGAUCGCCCCCGCCUGCGCCCGUGCCCUCAACGACUGCGAGCGACUCUUCAACGUGAUCUCUCUGCCGGGCUUGCACAAGUUCCCGCGUGCGACGCCGCGCGGGCAUUUCUUCCCAGAUGUUUCCAAGUGCAGGUUGGCCGUGGGCGGAGUCGAUGCUGCAACGAAGUCCGAGUGCGACGAGAGGGAGAUCGGGAACGACCACGUGCAGGGGUUGUCCAACGACAUCUUGAAUGCGUUCAUGAAGCACGCGGAGGCCCUUCCCCAGAGUGGGCUCGGCGACGAGACUGGCGAGUCGAAUCCGAAUGCGCUCGUUCAGAAGUACCUGGAGCAGGCGCAGUUGCUCUCCCGCGCGAUGCCCCUCGAGGACAAGGCGACGACGGCGAGGGGGGCCACCCCGACGGCCAAGGCGGCCUUGAUGGCGGAAGCGUCGGCGAAGCAAGCGAGCGCCUCCAUCGAGAUGUUCAGGGGCGAGGCGUGCUCACCAGAGGACGCGCGCAACUCCCUCAGGAAGACGGCGAAGGCCGCUGCAGACGGCGAAGGGGUCAACGCUGCCAUCUCCAAGGAGGCGGUGGGCAUCAUCGAGACGAUCAUUACCAAGCCCUUCGAUUCGAUCCUGGUCGAUGCGAAGAAUUUGACGGCUCUUGCGAAGGAGGCCAAGGACCGCGUCGAUGCGUCCAGCUCUGCAUGGGCGACUGGCGCGGACGCGCUCGUCGGACAGUGCGACUUCGAGGCGAAGAUGGUGACUCUAGGCCGCGCGCUCGAGCAGUUCGGCAGGGUCACAGAAUCUGACUUCGAUGGCACGAUGCUCAAGGACUUGCACGCUUCGGCCGUGCAGUGGGCCGAGACGCACUUAGCGCAGCGCAGCGCCUUGACGUCGAGGCACUUGGAGAUCAUGAGUGGGAAUGUGGAGCAGCUCGACAGGGCGAUGCCAGCCUUCUCGCGCUCUGGCGACGCGGAGAAGUUCAUGCAUGGCGUCGACUCUGCGAUCGACUUCGACACUAUCUUCAAGGCCUUCUGCAGCGCGAUUCUGGGCUACGACUUCAAAGACAUGGACAAAGCGAUCGCUUGCGUGGUCAAG